UGCAUCUUGCUGGGACACAGUGCAAGUCGGUGCUCUGGUCUGCUGGGUGGUCGGGUGUUUUCUGCGCACGCCCCCACGCCCGCGAGGCCCGCGCCGCCGGACCCAGCGGUGGAGCCGACCAGCGCCUCCCGUGGCACCCUCCCGCACCCGAUCGCUCCUCGCUGGGGCGGGACGUGGCCCGACCGCUUCGGUCACUAUGAGUGAAACAUCUUUCAACCUAAUAUCAGAAAAAUGUGACAUUCUAUCCAUUCUUCGGAAUCAUCCUGAAAACAGGAUUUACCAGAGGAAAAUCCAGGAACUCAGCAAAAGAUUCACAGCAAUCCGAAAGACCAAAGGGGAUGGGAACUGCUUCUACAGGGCCUUGGGCUAUUCCUACCUGGAGUCUUUGCUGGGCAAGAGCAGAGAGAUCCUCAAGUUUAAAGAACAUGUACUACAGACCCCAAAUGAUCUUCUGGCUGCUGGCUUUGAGGAGCACAAGUUCCGGAACUUCUUUAAUGCGUUCUACAGCGUGGUGGAGCUGGUAGAGAAGGAUGGCUCAGUGUCCAGUCUGCUGAAGGUGUUUAACGACCAGAGCUCCUCGGACCAAAUUGUGCAGUUCUUGCGCCUGCUUACAUCAGCCUUCAUCAAGAACCGAGCCGACUUCUUCCAACACUUCAUUGAUGAGGAGAUGGACAUCAAAGACUUCUGCACUCAUGAAGUGGAGCCCAUGGCCAUGGAGUGUGACCACAUCCAGAUUACAGCCCUGUCCCAGGCCCUGAACAUUGCCCUGCAGGUGGAAUACGUGGACGAGAUGGACACAGCUCUGAACCACCACGUGUUCCCUGAGGCUGCCAUCCCUUCCGUUUACCUGCUCUAUAAAACGUCCCACUACAACAUCCUUUAUGCAGCUGAUAAACACUGAUUAAUUUUAGGCCAUGCCAUAGAACCUGUCAUCUAACGGACUACCUUCUGAAUGGAACAUUCCGUCUUUGCAGUUUUUUAAGCGACAGACUACAGGUAGAAAACAUACAGCCUUGUGGGUAAAGCCAUUGGAAGAGACCUCUAUUCAUUAUGGACUGUGAUGACUUGGUAGGAAUUUUAGUAUUUAUUUUGACAGAGGGUCUAAUGCCUGCUAACUCUGGACCUUCUAGAAAGCCAGGACCCCUGGCUCUGUAGUCCAGUCUCCUGCGAGAUCCUCAUCGGACCUAUCUAUUUAUCUGGAAGAUGUUCCUGACAGUGUUGACAUGCUAUUGUGUGAAAAUGGGGACACAGGAUUUUUCCUCAACAGGGGUGGUAGCGCUCUGUAGGGAGGAAAAGCUCAGGAUCAGCUAUCAUGAUUCAGGUGACUCAGCAGACCCACAAAAAAAGAAUCCAGUCCAAUUACAUUGGGCAGAUAAUGGUAGGCGGCUCCUGAAUGUGAGGCUUGUGUGUAGUUCCAAUCUUGGUGGGUGUGCCUUCCCAUGCCCCUCACUUAAUGGAGAGACUUUUAUGGUAAAGUUCAGAAGAGGAUUUUAGCCUUCAACAUGAAGCUCAGGUUGUGGGGUCCCUCUGCCUCUCCGAGCCGGAACUCAGGUCUUUCAGGGUUCUGCUGUCAGCCUCACCUGGAUGAGGCUUGACACAAACUUAGUGAGUCAGUGCGUUCAUGUCUGGGACCAGGGGCUGCAGCUGCCCAUCAUUCCCAGUGAAUUCUAGAAGGAGAAUCUAGGUAGUCACCUGGCUAGGGCUGUGUGCAGCAUGAACCUACUGAGCAGAUAUUUUGCAAAGCUGUCUUUGGUUUCCCCCAGCCCAAGCUUCAUGGGCAGUUAGUGGGAAAGAAGAGAGAUAGGCCACAGAAUUGGCGGUAGGGAGCUUUGCAGAUGGAAAGUGCCAGCCAGUGCUGCCAGCAGCCUCUCCACCUGCACGUGCCCUCGUAAGUAGCCUUCUUACCUUGCCCCAAGAUUUUCAGGAGUCCACUCUGAGCUGACAGGCAAGAGGACACAUAGUGGGCAAACCAGCCUCUAGUAGGGCUGAGGCUCCUGCUAGCCACUUCGUCCCUAGAGGGAGGCUCCUCCUCCUGGGUUUCUUUCUGCAGGGAUUUCUUAGAAUCUGUUGGUGCUGCUGUGCAAGUUUGCUGACAGUCUGCACAAGGACUGCAUAGCAGGCUUCAAAGUCUUACAAGUGUCAGCUUUGUAUCAUUCUUUUGUUUGAUGAAGGCCAACAGCAGAGAUGUCAAAGCAGUAUGGGAACCAAGGCCCCAGUUUCCCACACUGCUUUUGGCCAGCUAGAUCCAAGGGCUCAAGCUCAGUGAUUCUAUCACUUUUGCACAGGAAUAUAAACCUGACCCUCAUCUCUGUUCAGUGUUCUACUCCGCUCUGGGGAGGAGUGUUUGGCUCUAUGACAAGUACCCUAGAAGAGUGGGGGACACCCAUUUCCAUGACUCAUCUUCUGUCAGACUAGUUUACUUCCAAACUGAAAUGUAUGAACACUGGAUGCCUGGAGGAUGGCCUGGGCUGCUCCACAGGGUUGUGAUGGGUUUAGGGACAGGGAAAUAGGACUUGGGAACUUGUUAAAACCUGGUUAUCCCUAGCAAUUAGCUGGCUAGUCUACAGCAACCAUGCCAGCACAGCUAUUUCCUGAAUGAUUCCUAUACCACGAGAGCCACCUCGUUCUAGACCAAACAGAUGCUUUGAGGGCUCAUCUUUGCAAAUGCACGUGUAUUACUUUCUUCCCAGAGGAAAUACUCAGUGGGGGUAGCAACAGAAAGAGCAGUGUACUUGCUUGGCCUGGGUUCCUAACACUAAUGAAAUAAGGCUAGAGCCAGACUGCCCAAGUUCAUAUAUCAGCUGUGUGACCUUGGCCAAGCCACUUCACCUCUGCCUUUUGGAAGCAGAGGGCUGCCAGGUGGAGCAGCAUGCCACCUCAGAAGUGACUGACUUCCCCAAAAGUGUGAGCCUCAGGAACCAUGACACAAUUCCAAGAGCCAAACACACUGCCAGCCUAGAGGUAGAGGGUAGGGGGCUGGGGUUCACCGAGUGCCCAGGGCCCUGCCCUUCAACUUCUCUGAGCAAAAUGAAAACACUGUCUUAGCAUUAAAAAAUCUCUAAGAAUAA